AGAAAGGGGGAGCUGAACCUGCGAGUAAAGCAGAGGGAGAAAAGGAGAGAGGAGGUAGGGAUGCUCGUGUGUGUGAUUAUCGGUGCUGCAGGUACCGUCGGAACCGGAUACAGCGCCUAAACGCCGCGGCGAGACCGCCUCGGAGCCUCCUCGUGUCCUUAACCCGAGCCACCCCGCGCGAUGUCCGGCGCGGGGGAUGUCCGCGUCCUCCGCCAAGAGGCCGGGCAAGAGAGUCCGAGGAUGCCGGCCUGGAAGCGAGAAAUCCUGGAGAGGCGGAAGGCGAAGGGCGGAGGCUCUGUGGGGACCUCCGCCGCCCCGGAGACCGGCCCCGGCGGGCAGCUGAACGGUGAGGCAACGGGGAACGCGAACGGCGCCGACGGAGCUGUCGGCGGGUCCGGGCGGAACUACACCAUCACCGCGGCCAGCCAGCACUUCAACAAAGAGCCGCGACCGAGCGAGAGGACGGCGCCGAGGGAGGAGAGCCUGGUGCUGCAGGAGAGCCUGGGGCCCCUGGAGGAGAACCCGUUCAUCAAGCUGGAGAAGGAGCGGCGGAGGCGGCAGGACCGGGAGAACGCCGCCCGCCCGGUGCAGCACAUYCUGGAGCUGUACGGCAGCGUGCCCGGGAUCCGGACCAUCCGCGCCGAGAACAUCAUCAUCAUCGAGUCCGACCCGGACUACUUCCCGGAGCCCGGGGCCGGUAAACCCGGGCCCGGCUGGCAGCAGAACGGCGUGGACAGCUACAGCUCCCUGAACGACCUCCUGGACCGGAGGGGCAGCUCCGUGACCGAGAUCCGGGCCAAGGAGGUGGUCAUCUACGACACCACGUUAAGCAAGAGCGAGGAGAACCUGAGCACMCUGGGCCGCCCGGACCAGGACGCUGCACAUGAUCCGGGUCCGGGUCAGGGUAGGGUCAGCCGGAUCCUGCAGAAGUUCGAYAGCAACUACGGGAAGCUGCAGAAGAAGUCCCACAGCACGGAGAACCUGCUGGACCUGGACUGUAGUGCCAGCAGCAGGCCGAGACUCUGGUCCAAGCCACAGCCAGACCUGGUGCCAAAACCCAGACCGGUCCAGCCAACCUCACCUGUCUUCCAGAGAUCCUGGUCUUCCAAACCAAAGCCUGCUGUCUCAGAACCGGAUGGUCCUCAGAGUCACCCGGGGGCCCCUCAGUCCGUGUCCUCGUACCGUCAAAGGUUUCAGGACAAGGGGGUCAACGGUGCGGCAGCUGUCUCCAGAGACGAGCCAGAUCGRGCCCAGAACAAACCCCCCAGGGAGCGAGACCGGGAGGACUCCGAGGUGUCCCCCAAACCCAAGGUGCCAUGCUCCCCGGAGACCCGCAGUGCYGAGUCCCCCCUGCUCCCGGUCUCGUCCAGGGUGCUGAAGUCCUCGCCCGAGUUCGAGAUCCGCCCGUCCGUGAGGCCGGACCUGGACCAGAUCCCUGACGGGGACGCCCAGGCCCGGGCCCUGGCCAACCUGCGUCUGCAGUCCCGGAACUCCUUCACGGUGGUCCCCAAGCGCCGCCUCCAAACGCCGCCCGUAGCUCCAGACCCUGUCAGGUCCUCGCCCUCAAGCAGGGCGGCCGAGGAGUCUACGCCCGGAGUGCCAACCCCCCCAGCCCCGACGGCCCCCCUGAUGACCACUAAGAGGAAAGAGGAGAAGGAACCAGAACCACCUCCUCCUGCCUCUGACCCCUCACCUGCACCCCCGGCUCCUCCCACUCCACCUGUCCUGAUUUCACCCCCCGCCUCUCCUGAACCCCCCRUGGACCACCUACCUGUAACGAACAUAGACGACAUCGAGGUGGACCCCCCUCAGCGGGUCCCGGCUCCCAGCCCCAUGUUGCAGAAGAAGAAGGGGAACACCUUCACCGUGGUGCCUAAACGGCCUGCGGAGCCCCAGAAGAGCCCCGCCCCCACCACCGCUACCGAGCCCUCUGGCGAGACCCCCCCGGGCUCCACGCCUCCCCCGGCCCCCUUCGCUCAGCUGGGCUCCCAGCUGAAGAAACGCUACCCGGCUGUGGAGGAGAUCCAGGUCAUCGGUGGGUACCAGGCCCUGGAGAAGUCCUGCCUCAAGACCGGCUCACUAGACAAGAAGGUGAGACCCCCAACAACCUGCCGGGUUGGGUUUUUAUCAGGUCCAGACCCUUUAUUUCAGGGUUGGGUGGUCUGAACAGUUUGUUCUUCAGGUUUUGUUGGUGUUCCCAUCCGGGGCGGAGCUUGUUUUUUUUAGGGGGCGGGGACAUAAAAAAAAGAGAAGCACCCUGGAUUUGAAAAUUCAAUAUGGCCGCCACCGCUAAUUCCAAAUUAUCAGCUGUUUUCAGAAAUAUUGAGCUGAGAUUUUGUGUAAUCGUAGCUGAAACCAACUUUUUCGGCCAUUUUUACACAUGAAGCUGAAGAUCAGAGCAGAAACAGCUGAAAACGAUCUUUACUGAACUCUAAAUGAUAUUUUAAGACUUAUUGAGGUUAAAUUGGUUGUGGAGUCGAUGUUGAUGCUAAUCCCAAAUUAAGCUAACCGCUAAUGCUAAUUUUAUAAAGGGCUAUAAUUCAGCCAUUUUCAAACAAACAGCUAAAAUGUUUGUAUAUUAUCAUCAGAAGACAACCUUUAACAAAAUGCAAAUAGAAAAUCAACCUGUCAUUUAUUGAAUAAGUGCCCCCCCGGCCACCUCUCUG